GAUUCCGAUUGGGCGUUUAUCCACCGAAAAUGGUGCUGUACAAAUUCCUAACCACACUUCGUUUUUAAAAUAUAGCAAUUUUAAUUUUUCCAAGAAGAUACAAAAAUGAAUAUAUCCAAACGUAUGAAACAACUGAUGUGCAUUUCUAAACGGUCCAGAAAUUUCUGUUCUUCAAACCAGUGGAAUAACGAUAUCAACAAAAUAAGGAAUAUUGGAAUUUUAGCACACAUUGACGCUGGUAAAACUACAACAACAGAACGAAUGUUGUAUUAUUCUGGUAAAAUUCAUCACAUGGGUGAGGUGCAUCAUGGAAAUACAGUAACAGACUAUAUGACACAGGAACGAGAGCGUGGUAUAACUAUUAAGUCGGCCGCUGUUACAUUUAAAUGGAAAGGUCAUCAGUUUAAUCUUAUCGACACUCCUGGACAUAUUGAUUUUACCAUGGAAGUAGAAGAAACCUUAAGUGUGCUAGACAGUGCUAUUGUCAUAUUGGAUGCAUCAGCAGGUGUAGAAGCUCAAACUGUCACAGUGUGGAGGCAGGCUGACCGAUACAAAAUCCCUCGGUUGGUUUACAUCAAUAAAAUGGAUCGAGCUGAUGCCAAUUUAGAAUCAUGUUGCACAUCUAUCGAAAAGAAGUUUGGAAGCCCAACUUUAUGCCUUCAAUUACCACUUAUGGAAAAUGGGAAAUUUGUAGGUUUAAUCGAUAUCUUGACUUUGGAGAAGUUGGUACCUAGUAAGGAGAAGCUUACAAGGACCUUAUUAAUUGAGCAGGAGGAUUUACGCAAUUGGACAGCUGCAAAAAAUGCGCGAAGUGUUUUAGUUGAUAGGCUUACAGAUCUCGAUGAUAAUUUUGCUAAUUUGGUUAUAAGUGCAGAUUCAAUUGAUCAUAUUCAAACCACAGAAAUUUCAAAGACAUUAUGGAAAAUUACUGCAAAACAGGAUGCCACACCUGUACUAUGCGGUAGCUCUUAUAAGAACAUCGGGGUCGAACCACUGAUGGAUGCUGUUAUUCUGUAUUUAACAUCUCCAAAGGAUGGAAACAACAUUUAUAGCUGUUUUAAGAAUUCUCUAUGUGCACGUGCUUUCAAAAUAAUUCACGAUAAGCAACGAGGACCGUUGGUUUUUUUGAGAAUUUACUGUGGGGAAUUUAAGCAAGGCCAGAAGAUCUAUAACAUUACAAAGGACUGUACAGAACAUAGUGGACGUUUAUAUAUUGCGUACGCCGAUGAAUUUCAAGAAAUUGGCAGUAUGCAAAACGGGAAUAUUGCUGUGGUUAGUGGAUUGAAGGUAACAACAGUAGGGGAUUUAAUAUCCCAAUCAGCGCCGUCCGCCCAAAGGGCAAAGGAUGAGGUAAUUUCAUCAACCAAAGAUAAUGAGCUUGUCGACAGAAUUUUUGGGACUGGCACAAAAAUUCCAGAACCUGUAUUCUUUUGUUCUAUUGAACCACCCAGUCUUGCUUACGAAAAACAAUUAGACCAAGCCCUUUCUGAAUUGCAACGAGAAGACCCAAGCCUGAAAGUUACUCACGAACCAGAAACAGGUCAAACUGUCUUGGCAGGAAUGGGCGAACUUCAUUUAGAAAUAAUUAAAGAUAGAAUUUUGAAAGAGUAUAAGAUUAAUGCAGAAUUGGGCGCUCUGCAAAUAGCCUAUUGCGAAACGCCAACUAACUCAGUCUCUCAUGAAAUUACAAAUGAGGUCAGGGUAGGCUCUACAAAGCAUCUCGUAACUGUAUCUCUUUCGAUUGUGCCCAAAUCAGUUGAUGAGGAAAAGGAAGUGCUUAAAUUGGACAGAUCUUCAGAGGCAGCCAGUAAUUUAGCAAACAUACAUCAUAGGACAUUACAGGCGAUUAAACAAGGAAUCAAGGUCGCUUUGACUCAUGGUCCGAGGAUAAACUGUAAGGUUAUAAAUGCUCAAGUUGUGUUACACAAGCUCGAAAUCGGAAGGGGGACUUCUGAAACUAUGGUUUCUGCUACUGUUACGCAAUGCUUGCAGAAGAUGUUGAAAGAAGCGGGAACAACUAUCUUGGAACCAAUUAUGUUUUUAGAAAUAGUAAGCACAGAAGAGUCAAUUUCAACAAUUUUAGCCGAUUUGGGUCGAAGACGAGCGAGUAUACUGAAUGUAACUGUCAGAGGAAUUGGAAAGAUUAUUACCUGCGAGGCACCCUUGUCAGAACUAUUGGGAUAUUCGACCGUUUUAAGAACAAUUACCUCUGGAACGGCAUCAUUCUCAAUGGAAUUUUCAGAAUAUAGAGCAAUGUCGGCUGUGAAUGAAAUGAAGGCAAUAGAAAAUGUUAGAGGAUUUUAGUAGUCAUUCCGUUAUAUUUGAUACAUAAACAGAAAAUUAAAUAUGAAGUUUUGGGCAAA